AUGGCAAACCCAAGCGCACCGGGCGCGGCUCAGCCUGAAGCCAGCGCAGUGUCUCCCUGUUACUUCUUCGACAAGCUUUCGCCCGAGACUCGCUGUCUGAUCUAUGAGUACGUCUUCGGUCCCGAGAAGUACGUUCAGCGCCUUUUCCAGGACGAUGAAAUGGAGAUGCUCAACCAUUCGGGCGAUCUCCUGUUCGCAGACUAUCACGACGACGAAAACAACGACGACAAGAACAGCGACAGCGAAGAUGAAGAAGAAGAAGAGCCAUACAAACAAUACAAUGUUCUGCACACUGAUAUUCUCGAGGUCAACAAGACCGCCUUCGCCGAAGGACUCGACACCUUCUACAAAGUCAAAAUCGUCCGCGCUUCAUUCGCCGAGUUCAACCGCUUGAUGCGUCUCAAGAAACAUAGCGACCUCGUGCGCAACGUCGAGAUUGUGGAACGUGGUUACGGUGGCAUGCACGGCUCGCCUAUGGCUUUGGAGACAGUGCAAGACGCACAGUUCCUUCCUCGGCUGAUGAGCUGCACUAUUCUGCUGGAUCGUCUGAGCCCAUUUGGAAACGAUCCUGUCACGGCCCGCAGAUAUGCUCGUUUAUGUCGACUUGGAGAAGUGGUCUGUACUGGUAUCGGAACGUACACAUUCACCGGCAGAUAUAGCAAGGUCCAGGCAGUCUACAGCCACAUCGCAAAGCUUUGGCCGAAUGUUGCUCGCACGCCGACAGGAUUCGAUGCGCUGGAAAAUGUCCGCACGAUUCUCAAAGCGUGGAAUAUUCUCCCUCGCAGUCCGUAUGUAUGGGGUCACGAAGCUCAGCUCGUGCCGUGGGCGAGCCACACCUCCCUCCGCUUGUUCAUCGGCCUGGUGCAGCGCUGCUUGGACCUGACGACUCCGACAUCCAACGGAUCACAUCCUCGAUGUAGCAGGAAAGAAGAUAAGCAGCUCACAUCCUUCACCGCAAGUCUCGAACCCAAUCUGCGCGACAAAGUUCUCAAUGGACUCGUAAAGCCGUUGAGUAGAUUGGGGCCCGGCGACAACCCGCAGCUAAUGGAAGAUUUCACCGAAUGGCUUGCUGUCAACAUGCGCAACUAUUGGGUGUGGCAUGAUCCGGACGAAGCUGAUCGCGAAAAGCCCCAGUGGGUCGAGCUUGGAGAAUCAUCCAAGGGGGCAGAAAUUUCGAAAUCGCAGCGAGCCUUCGAAGCGCUCCACAUCUACGACCCAGUUUUCGAAGACAAUACCAAGAUCUGCCUCUCGAUGGCGAGGGAGCAAAUGCAGUCCUAUCCCAAAAUCCGAGGUCUGGUCGGCCAAGACUUCAUCUGGGAGGCAAGCAAGGCACCUCUGCAGCAGGUCUACUUCCUUUGCAUGGCUGUCGAAUGGCUGAAAUUUCCUCACGGCACUCGUUCGCUUGAUGGUAUCGAGCUCCAUGACUGGAGUUUAGGACUUCUUCGCAAAUAUCUGGAGUCCGCUGGAGUCUCACAGAACUCAGAUCUCCACAAGUCCAACCUGAGCUUCUUGCGCGCACACUUCGACUACGCAAUGGCUAUCUCUUCGCAACGCAAGCAAUAUCUGCAGAAGCUUCGAGAGCAUGGCAGUUCCGGGCAAGCCGUUCAGCAACCCUUGGUGGAGGAUACGAGUGUGCAGUACAAUGCUACGCAAGGUGCGACUGGUCAAAAUGAGCAUGAAGCAGGCGACGACCCAAUGAACGUCGAUGAAGCCGAGGAGGACAAGUUUGAAGGACUCAUCUACGAGCCGUUCGCUCGAGAGUUGGGUCAGCUGAUUCGUGAGGCACAAGCACUGGGCUAG